CAUCCAUAUCUCAGUGCAGAUUCCCCAUCAGGACGGCAUGCUCCCUCUGGUGUCCACCAUGCCGCUGCACAACCUGCACUUCCUGCUGUCGGAGUCCAUCUACCGGCAGCAGCACGUCUGCUCCAACCUGGUCACCAUCAAAGAGCUGCAGGGCCUGUCCGACUCCGGCUUCCUGGACGACGUCUCUUAUGACAGCAUCUCACUCGGGCCGGGUUACGACCGGCCCUACCAGUUCAACCCCAACGUCCGCGAGGCUAAAACCAUCCAGUUCUACAAACACCUGAACCUGAAGAGCUGCAUCUGGACCUUCGACGCCUUCUACGACAUGACUGAGCUCAUCGACGUCUGCGGCGGCUCCGUCACCGCGGACUUUCAGGUCCGGGACUCGGCUCAGUCCUUCCUGACGGUGCAGGUCCCGCUCUACGUGUCCUACAUCUACGUGACGGCGCCGAGAGGCUGGGCGUCUCUGGAGCAUCACACCGAGAUGGAGUUCUCCUUCUUCUAUGACACGGUUCUCUGGAGGACGGGCAUCCAGACGGACAGCGUCCUCUCCGCCCGGCUGCAGAUCAUCAGGAUCUUCAUCAGAGAGGACGGGCGGCUGGUGAUCGAGUUUAAGACUCACGCCAAGUUCCGAGGUCAGUUCGUCCUGGAGCACCACACCCUGCCGGGUCACAAGUCCCGUCUGACGGCGCCGGACCACCUGGGAGGCGUGGACUUUGACGUGCAGCUGCUGUGGAGCGCUCAGACCUUCGACUCGCCGUAUCAGCUGUGGAGGGCCACCAGCUCCUACAGCAGGAAGGACUACUCCGGAGAGUACACGGUCUUCUUGAUCCCCUGCACGGUGCAGCCCACCCAGCCCUGGAUCGACCCGGGGGACAAACCUCUGUCCUGCACCGCUCACGCUCCAGAGAGGUUUCUGGUCCCGAUCGCCUUCCAGCAGACCAACAGACCCGUCCCUGUCGUCUACUCCCUGAACACCGAGUUCCAGCUGUGCAACAAUGAGAAGGUCUUCCUGUUGGACCCGGCCUCCGCCCACAUCUCCAUGGCCGAGAUGGACUACAAGGGAGCGUUCUCCAUGGGUCAGACCCUGUACGGCAGGGUUCUCUGGAACCCGGAGCAGAACCUGAACGCGGCCUACAAGCUGCAGCUGGAGAAGGUCUACCUGUGCACCGGCAGGGACGGCUACGUGCCAUUCUUCGACCCCACGGGGACCCUGUACAACGAGGGUCCGCAGUACGGCUGCAUCCAACCCAACAAACAGCUGAAGCACCGCUUCCUGCUGCUGGAUCGUAAACAGCCGGAUGUUUGCGACAGGUUUUUCCAUGACGUUCCCUUCGAGGCGGAUUUUGCGUCGGACGUGCCGGAGCUGCAGUCCAUGGCGUCCAUGCCGGGCGUGGACGGCUUCACGAUGAAGGUGGACGCCCUCUACAAGGUGGAGGCGGGGCAUCAGUGGUACCUGCAGGUGAUCUACGUGAUCAGCCCGGAGUCGCGCUCCGGCCCCAGGCUCCAGCGCUCGCUGACGACUCGGCUGACCCGCCCCAAACGUGACCUGGUGGACCGCGGCGGGCGCCUGGCGCUGGACGAGUCGCUGGUCUACGACAACGAGGGCGACCAGGUGAAGAACGGCACCAACAUGAAGCCGCUGAGCCUGGAGGUCGGCCCCUCCCCCACCUUCAACGCCCACGUGGGCAGCUCGGUGGGCGGGGGCUUGGCCGCCCUGGCCCUGCUGGUCCUGGUCCUGCUGGCGUCCUGCUUCCUGUUCCGCCGCUGCCGGCUGACGGCCUCCAAGGAGAAGGGCUUCCCGAAGCCCUGCGAGGAGUACCCCCUGAACACCAAGGUGGAGGUGUGCCUGGACAGGUGUGUGGAGAAGAACUUCAGCAGCAAGCCCUGCACCGUCAGGAACGUCAACAUCAACCGCAACCAGGAGCCCCGCGCCAAGGUCAAGCAGGUCAACCUGGAGGUGAAGCUCCACAACAACCUCAGCGACGGCACCGAGGUCUGAGACCGGGUCUGACCCGGCACGGACUAAAAUAAACGUGUUUGUACUUCACGGAACCAGAUAUUUGUAUUUUUAUACCACUUUGGACAAAGGGAAGAGUUCAGGCGACCGGGCUACCUCAGGAAUCCACAAACUGCUCGGCUGAGCCAAACAGCCGAAACAGCCGGGCUUCCAAACAUCUUUAAGCUUCUACUUGAUGCUCGUUUCAGCUGAUUUGUAGCUCAAGACACUGUUUUUUUUCUCCUGCUAUUUUGCUGCUUUAAGUGUCGUCACUGUAUCGCUCCGUUAUCCAGAAACAACUCUGAGUUGGUUCAUCCUGAGUAUAGGGAAACCCUGAGUUUGUCACCUUGGGAACCAAACACCUGGAUAUACUUCAGUCAGAAUCUCCGUCCAGUAAAGUUUAACUCUUGAAACAGCCCAACUCUGUGUUUUCAUCUCGAUGAUGACUUUGUGUUGCUCUUUACUCAGGGUUAAGGUACUCUGAGUUAUUUAACAUUAAUGUAGCCUUUUUUUUUGGAACCCCCCUCCUGCUGGAGGUGAUUUAAUUCCAGGUUUGUGGAUUUAACUCCGGGUUUGUGGAUUUAACUCCAGGUUUGUGGUUGAACUCCAGGUUUGUCAACCCCAGGUUUGUGGAUUUAACUCCAGGUUUGUGGUUGAACUCCAGGUUUGUGGUUGAACUCCYGGUUUGUCAACCCCAGGUUUGUGGAUUUAACUCCGGGUUUGUGGAUUUAACUCCAGGUGGAUUUAACUCCUGGUUUGUGGAUUUAACUCCAGGUUUGUGGUUGAACUCCGGGUUUGUGGUUGAACUCCGGGUUUGUGGUUGAACUCCGGGUUUGUGGUUGAACUCCGGGUUUGUCGACCCCAGGUUUGUGAAUUUAACUCCAGGUUUGUGGAUUUAACUCAGAGUUUGUGAAUUUAACUCCAGGUUUGUGGAUUUAACUCCAAGUUUGUGGAUUUAACUCCAGGUUUGUGGUUGAACUCCGGGUUUUUCGACCCCAGGUUUGUGAAUUUAACUCCAGGUUUGUGGAUUUAACUCAAAGUUUGUGGAUUUAACUCAAAGUUUGUGGAUUUAACUCCAAGUUUGUGGAUUUAACUCCAAGUUUGUGGAUUUAACUCCAGGUUUGUGGUUGAACUCCGGGUU